UAUGGAAGAAAAGGAAAUAGAGUACAGAGAAGCUUUCUUUGUCUGCUUGCAGUAAAUGAGAUCUUUAGGCAAAAAUUAUUUUAAAAAAAAAUCAUCGAAAUCCCAACCAUUUUUGUGUGUCUUUUCAGCCUACCAAAAGGCGUAGCAAUUUCUAUACCGUAACUCAGCUCCUCAGCAACAACUUGUCGGCUUUUCUUCUUAGCUCAUUUCUCAAACAUAUCUGCUCCAAUUCUCGCCGAUUUCUAGAACUUGGGUUAUUUUAAGGCACCUGGGUGGUCUUUCAAGCUAGCAAAGCUGACUGGGCUUUUCGUUUUCGAGUUUUGGGACUUCUCUAAGAAGAGCUGGAAGGACAUAAGUUAUCAGAAGGUUCAACCAGUGGACUAAGAAUGAAUCAACCGAAAGUCAAGCGUCGAGUGGGUAAAUAUGAGGUGGGAAGGACAAUUGGGGAGGGAACAUUUGCAAAAGUGAAGUUUGCAAGAAAUUCUGAGACUGGAGAACCUGUGGCUCUUAAGAUACUUGACAAAGAGAAGGUUCUCAAACACAAGAUGGCUGAACAGAUCAAGCGAGAAGUAGCAACAAUGAAGUUAAUUAAGCAUCCAAAUGUUGUUCGGUUGUAUGAGGUGAUGGGAAGCAAAACAAAGAUAUUUAUAGUCUUGGAAUUUGUUACCGGAGGGGAGCUCUUCGACAAAAUUGUAAAUCAUGGACGGAUGAGAGAGGAUGAAGCACGUAGAUAUUUCCAACAGCUUAUUAAUGCAGUGGAUUAUUGCCAUAGCAGAGGUGUUUAUCACAGAGACCUGAAGCCAGAGAACCUAUUGUUGGAUGCCUAUGGAAAUCUAAAAGUUUCGGAUUUUGGAUUGAGUGCAUUGUCGCAACAAGUCAGGGAUGACGGCCUGCUUCACACAACCUGUGGAACUCCAAAUUAUGUUGCUCCUGAGGUCCUUAAUGAUAAAGGCUAUGAUGGGGCGACUGCGGACUUGUGGUCAUGUGGAGUGAUUCUCUUUGUAUUACUAGCAGGGUACUUGCCUUUUGAUGAUUCUAAUCUUAUGAACCUGUAUAAAAAAAUCUCUGCUGCUGAAUUCACUUGCCCCCCUUGGCUCACUUUCAGUGCCAUGAAAUUGAUUGCUAGAAUCUUGGAUCCGAACCCUAUGACUCGUAUCACUAUAGCUGAAAUUUUGGAAGAUGAAUGGUUUAAGAAAGAUUAUAAGCCUCCCGUAUUUGAGGAGAAAGAAGAUACAAACUUGGAUGACGUAGAAGCUGUUUUCAAGGAUUCAGAAGAACACCAUGUGACAGAAAAGAAGGAAGAACAACCAGCAGCUAUGAAUGCAUUUGAGUUAAUUUCAAUGUCAAAAGGGCUGAACCUUGGCAAUUUGUUUGGUAGUGAACAGGGAUUUAAGAGAGAAACAAGGUUCACAUCCAAAAGCCCUGCCAAUGAAAUAAUUAAUAAGAUUGAAGAAGCAGCAAAGCCACUUGGUUUUGAUGUACAGAAGAAAAACUACAAGUUGAAGCUGGAAAAUGUGAAAGCUGGACGAAAGGGAAACCUUAAUGUCGCCACAGAGAUAUUUCAAGUUGCACCUUCUCUCCAUAUGGUUGAGGUUCGAAAAGCGAAAGGAGACACCUUGGAGUUCCAUAAGUUCUAUAAGAACCUGUCAACUUCCCUGGACGAUGUCGUUUGGAAAACCGAGGAAGACAUGCAAGAAACCAAGUGAAAAAGCAAUCAAUUUCCACUCUGAAGUGGUGUGAAAAUCAGUGUUUUUUUUUUUCGUUUUUUCUUGGCCAUCAAGCAACCAGCAAGAAUGUUCUCUCAUUUUUCCAUAUGUUCAUUCUUUUUCCUUCUUUGGGUUUGGUUUUCAUGGUAUUGAACAGACAUGUCUUCACCAAAAUGUUUUCCUGUGUUAUUAGUAUUGGAAAGCAUGGUUAUGAUUUACAGAGGUGCAAAUGUUUCUUUUUGCACCAUUUUACUACAUAGAUAAUUACUAAUAGAACGGACCUGUAUAUUCUUAAAUAUAUUUUCUGAUCUCUCUUAUUAUUA